AUGCAAGAUUUCCAUUGUGAUGCCAAUGCGAUGGAGGAAAUAGUCGCGCAGGCACAAUUUUUUCGAGUUACGAACGUUGAGGCAACGCAGCACAUUUUACAAUUUUUUUUUGCUCCUUAUCGUACCACAUUACAUUAUUUGACCUAUGAAAAUUUAUCCAUGAUCAUUUUUAUAUUUCAAUUUUCCUUAGAACAAAUUAGAGUCAAAGUUGAGAUGGGUAGCACAUCGGUGCAAAAAGGUUUACUUGCGUUAAGCAUUGUGCUAAUCCUCGCAGGUCUUGUACUGACUUUUGCUGGGGUAUUUUCACCAGCUUGGCAAGUUGUUGAGAUUCGAGAAUUUCGAGCUGAACAUCAGCAUGGAUUGUGGUGGGAUUGUACUCGAGCGGAAAAGCAUGUAGUUGCAGUGGGAGAUUUCUAUAAUGAAGAACCACUGCAUUGUAUGUAUAAAUUCGACCGCAGCGCUGAGUUAGUCAUUGAAAAUACGCUUAAUAAUAUUGACGAAGAUGGAGCCGCUGGUGAAUCUGAACACCAUCGAUUUUGGCCGUGGCACAAAGCAAUUCUCUUCUUCAUUCUUUUUUCACAGUUUCUAGCGUUUAUCUCACUUUGUACUGGGAUUUGCAUUCCGUGCUUUCGACCGUCGUCAUUUGUCUUCACUACGUCGCUUUUCCUUGCAUUACUGUGCUCUUUGAUUGCUGAUGGUGUUUUCUUUCUUGCUGCUAAUCGAGUUGACAAUAGAUUUGUGCAAGGAAUUGUUGGAACUUAUGAACAACGGAUUGGUUAUGCGUUUUACGUGCAUCUUAUGGGAACAUUCAGUUGGCUACUUGCUUUCACGUUUGCCUUAUUAACUACAUAUAAGUUCUUUUCACGAAGAUAUUCGUCUCGCUCAAACACACAUUUCCACCCCGAUGCUGGACCACCUCUGCUGGAGAAGUAUAACGCGGCACCAUCAAGGUCAUCACCACCUAUGACGUAUGUACGUGAACAUACAUAUCGAGUUACAAGUGCUUAA